AUGCAGUGCAGCUGCACCGUCGAGGGCGCCCCUGCCGGCCCGGGCAGCCCCUGGAUCUCAGGCGUGGCCUUCCCGGACUGGGCCUGCAAGGCCGAGUCGUCCCCGGGCUCCCGGCAGAUCCAGCUGUGGCACUUCAUCCUGGAGCUGCUGCAGAAGGAGGAGUUCCGCCAUGUCAUCGCCUGGCAGCAGGGAGAGUAUGGGGAGUUCGUCAUCAAGGACCCCGACGAGGUGGCCCGCCUCUGGGGCCGCAGGAAGUGCAAGCCCCAGAUGAACUACGACAAGCUGAGCCGGGCCCUCCGAUACUACUACAAUAAGAGGAUCCUGCACAAGACCAAAGGCAAACGGUUCACGUACAAGUUCAACUUCAGCAGGCUGAUCGUGGUCAGCUACCCUCUGUGGGAGCUGUGGGCUCCGCCUGCCCCCCAAGUGCUGCUGGGGGCCCCCGCCCUCGUCCGGCCAGCCCUGCUGCCCACGGGCCUGCCCAGCGAGCUCCUGCAUAGCCUGCUGCUUGCCCAGCGGGCCACGGCUGAGCAGCUGGCUGGACACCAGAACCCCCACGGGCUGCCAGAGGCCACUGAGGACAAGAAGGGGAGCAGCAGCGGCGCCCCCCGCCUUGGCUCUCUCCCGGGCCCCUGCCAGCUCGGCCCUUGCUGCCUCCUGGGGAGCCUCCAAGACCAGCCACCCAGUCUGGCAUCCUUCGCCCCUCCCCCCCCACCCUCCCUCCCUGCCGACUGGACCCACCUCUCAGGGCCCUUCUUGCCUCCCGUCCCCCCGGAGCAGCCGUUCCCAGGGGCCUCCAAGCCAGACACCCUGCUCCCAGGGCCCAGGGGCCCCACAGGGACCCUCCCCUUUCUGGGACUCCCCCUGUUGGCUGGGCUGGGACAGGGGGGUGGUGAGAGGCUCCGGCUCUUGUCGCUGAGGCCCCAGAGCCUGGAGGUGAAGCCCUAUCCCAUAAUGGGUGCAAAGAGACGCCUGGAUCCCCGGGAGGGCUUCUCCUUAGACAUUCACAGACCCCAAACUGGGGACAAAAGCCUCGUAUCCCCCCGGCUGGAGAACUUCAAGGCAGUGUGGCCCUUGGACCCUCCUUAG